AUGCCUAGACAUAGUACCCCUAGAAGCUCUGUGCUUCCUAGAGACAGCAUACCUACAGAUAGUCCCAGCAACCCUUUUGGACCUACUAGACACUCUCUUGAGCCAUCCUCUCCUGAGGAGCUAGUGAUUCCCCAACCCAUCCUACCCUAUGAAUCACCUACCAAGCCACAUGCUUCCAUGCCUGCCUUGGAAGACCCUCAAGCAGGACCUAGUAGCUCAAGAAGGAUAUCACCCCACUCUCAUAAGUCAUCAUCCAGACAUUCUCCAAGACUGUCUCCCUUGGAAUAUGAAGCUCUUCAGGAAGCAAACAAGCUAGCUAAGCCAAGUUCUUCUAUAAGGAAGUCUUCACCUUUUGGUCAUAAGACUAGCCCAGCUACCUUCCAGAGAAUGAUUCCUGUAUUUGGACUUCCAGAUAUAGAGAUGUUGGAACCCUCCUCUAGUAGACCUCAGCCCUCUGAGCCUAUUAAUUCUCAUGAGCUUAAGAGAUCUAAAGGAAAGACCUCUGAGGCCCACAUAUCCAAGCAUAGGGAAACUCAAGCUGCCUUACUGGAUCCUAACAAUAGGUCUUUUACUAAUGACCCAGCUAUCCAGAAGUACCUACCCUAUUCUCCUUCCACUACCUUAUACCCCUUAAAUGAAGAAUUUCUGGGAGAGUUCAACUAUCAGCCUGACUGUACCCAGAUGACCUCUUGGUGCAGAAAGAACCCUCAAGCUAAUAGUUUCAGGAAAGUUUAUAGGCAGCUAGGUAGAGUAUUCUAUCAUGUGGAGAUACCUCCAGCACAUGAGAAUUGCUAUCCCUCACCUUCUUGUGAGCAAUGGGCUUCUCACUACUUCAAACUACUAGAUACUGUAGUAACCUUUAGACCUACAUGUUGCAUCAUUACCAAGUUAGUUCCUGCUCAAGAAAUUAACCAUUGGCCUGAAUAUGGUAAGUUACAUACAGACCUGAAUAAACUAAUCAAGAGAACUGUUCAGAGCAUCUAUGACAUGGAAGAGCUAUUGCCUAUUCCAGAAUGGCCAGAACAUGACUGUCUAUUCACCUCUCAUUCCUUUGAGGUAGCUGCAGUCACUUAUAGGGAUCAGAUGGAGCAUUUCAUUCAGAAGCUGUAUGAGAUUCUUGGUAGACAACUUCAGACUGGACCACCUUCCCCAGUCAUCUCUGCAGGACAUCUCAGUGAGGUAGAACCUGGACAAGAACACCUUAGAGAUAGGACUCUACAACUUAAGCAAGAUAUGACCCUGUUAGUGCCCAAAAGUUCUAGAGCCUCUUCUGUCACUCCACAGGAGGCGGCUCAAGAGAACUUACUAAGGAGUCUUAUCAAGCCCACAAGUCAAGUUACUAUUGCUAGUCCUUUACUUCCAGAACCUCAAGUUUCUCCUCCAGCUGUAGCCUUAGACACCUCCAGCAGUACUCCUCCAGGACAACCUCCUAGUAGUAUUCAUUCAUCCAAAGCCUCUCUCACUGUUACUAUGCAACCUAGGUAUUUAGGACCUGAUUAUGGAACCUUGCUUAUUCCCUCAGAACCUUUACCACCACCUCCUAGCUCUAUUGCUACUUCUUCCUCUAGAUCUAUACCCUUAGGAAGAAUAUCAGAGGAGUCACCUCAUGUAACAUUACAAGUUCCACCUACCUUAGAAAGAACUGAGAGACUUAGGAGAGAAGCCACUAGAUCUCUAGGACCUAGACCACCUACUCCUAGACCCACUGUAGUCCCUUCCACUAGUUCAGAAGAAACCUUACCAUCAUCACCUAGAGGCAAUGCUAGUGUUCCUAUUGCACAACCUUCAGCUAUCCCUCCUUUCAAUAUACAAGCCCUUGAAGACUAUAUCAACAAUCUUUCAGAUGGAAGUAUAGAUGGCUUAAGUUCUUCUGAAUCAUCAACUGGAAGAGACCAAGUAGCCCCAGAACUAAUAGCCCCAGCUACUCCUGCUGAUUCUAUUACUUCUGUCUCAAGUGCUGCUACACACACCAUACAAACUCCAGUAGCACAAUCUACUCCCAGGAUUAGGAGCCAAGUAGAAGAGGAUAAUGUUAGGAAUAUACCUUAUAAUCCACCUUUAAGCAAUGCUGCUAGAAGAGUUAGCCUUGCAGGCCCAAGUAUUCCUCUUAGAGAUCCACCUCCACAUGCUGACUUUAUCAAUUGCAGAUCUUCCUUGGGAGCAAAUUGGCAAUCCUCAGGAAGACCAGCUAUACCAGCUGAGUCCUUUACCAGAGUAUCUACAAUCCCAGAAGAGCGCUCCUCUAGACUAGCUGAAAGUGCACACAGGAGACCUACCUCCUCUCCUGAAUCAAGAAGAACUCCUCUAAGUAUUCAUGCCAAUUUACCUUACUUACAGGAGCAGCCAGCACCAGCUACUAGAGAAGAAGCCAAUAUGAGUAGGAGAGGAAACUUCUUAGCCCCUCUACUAGCACCUGUCCCACAACUUCAAGUACCUCCAGCACCACCCAUUGACAGGACUAGGUUACCUCCUCAUAUUGUAGGACAUAUGGUCUCCUCUAGAAGGUUUAGUGAGCUGUUCAAUGAUCCACCUCCUAGGGAUCAACUUAGAGAUAGACUAGCUCCCUUAGCUGAAGGAGGAGGAGGAAAUGACCCACCAUAUGAUAGUGAUGAUGGAGAUUUUGAUAACUCUGGUAGAAGAAGGAACAACCCACCUAGAAGGAAUGGAGGAGGACCUCCUAAUGACCCAGAAGACCCAGGAAAUGAACCAUAUGCUCAAGCAAAUGCAGCUAGAGCUAGACCUUUCAAUCCAGCUCCUGUACAUUUUGAUACUAAACUGAAACCUGACAUAAUCCCAGAGUGGGAUGGAGAUACUAAGAAGCUGUUGUGCUGGAUGACAUCCAUCAAUAACAUAGCUGAAUAUAGUAGCUACACUAGAAUUCAGCUUGGACAGCAGAUUCCUCUCAGGUUUACAGGUAGAGCUCUUAGAUGGUUCAAUGCAUUGGAUAAGGACUAUAGGCAAAUUAUAACUGAAGACUGGCCAGCACUUAGGCAAGCUAUCACUAUCCACUUCAUGAAUAGGACCUUCCUGAACAGAAGCAAGAAUGAAGCCAUGCGCAUCAGGAAGAUAGAGGCUCUUACUAUUGUCAGUGACUGGACUGACUCUGAAUUGAUCUUUGAAAUCAUGAAUGGUGCUCCUAAGUCCUGGACCACGCAUAUAGACACCUCAAGAAUAGUCACUUGGGAGGACUUCCUUGACAAGAUUGCAUGGCAUGAGGAAGACCUUUUGGGAAAAGAUUCUUCUCAUAACUCUGACAUACAGCGUCAGCUACAUCAGAUGCAAUCUACUCUCAAGAGACUAGAAGGAAACAGGCACUCUAGGCCAAGUGCGCGCUCACACUUAGCAGGAUCUAAACCAGUAGGAUGGCAUCAAAAUAAUCCUCCACCAAAAUACCCUAAGAAUGACUCUACAGUAUCUAAAGGUAAAACUCCUAAAGACAAGAAAGCUAGACCUUGCAGACACUGUGGAAGUAUGAUGCACUGGGAUAGAGACUGUAAGCAUGCCAAAAAGAACUCCAGAUUUGUGCAAUCACAUAUGGCACAAGCAGAUGAUGAUGAAUGGGAAGCCCAGGAAGCUUAUGAAGAUCUCUGUGAUGAAGCCUACCUUGAUGAAACAGAAUAUGACACUGAAGGAGAAGAGUCUGUUUCUGAGGAAGAGCAGGAUUUUCAUAAGCCCCUUCAGUCAUUAGCUGUCUCUACCUCCAGCGCUAAGCCCAGCUCUGGAUCCCAGGAGGAACAGCAUGGUCUGGAGGGGACCACUGUCAGCCAGGGUACUAACUCUGCUGACCAGGGCAGUAAGGAAUCUGAUUCAUCUGUAUUCUCUGGAUAUGUACAACCCAAGCUCCCCACUAGGAAGAGCCUUAAUAAGAAACUGAAAAUGGCUAGUAGUCAUACAGCUAUUGCCAAGAAUGGAGAAGAAAUCACUCUCAAGCAAUUAAUGUCAAGACCACCAGGAACUGCUUUCUUUGGAUCUAAAGCCACCAUCAUCAAAGGUUGGCUUCAGACAAAUAAUGGACCUAAGAAGCGCAUCACCUUUGACUCAGGAUCAGAGAUCACUCUCAUUAAUGAGUCAAUACUUAAAACUCUAGAUCCAUCACCUAGAGUGCGCAUUGGACAAAAACUCAAGUUAAUUCAAGUUACUGGGAAUAGUAGCUUAUCACAGUAUAUUUCCCUUCCUAUCAUCUUUGAUACUGAACAAGGAUUAGUUAAAAUGAUUGUAGAAGCCUAUAUAGUUCCUAACAUGAACACACCUUUUAUCUUAGGAACAGACUUUGCAUCUCAGUAUCAACUGUCAUUAGUUAGGAAUGGAGAUGGAACAAGGAUAGUUUUUGGGGAUACAGGACGUUCUAUUCCUGUGGAAGAAUCAGAUUCCAGCCCAAGAAUUGACCAACAAGGUAAUACCUUUAUGGUUGAAGUUGCGCAAGGAUUCAUCAAGAAUUCUGAGAAAAUCAAGAUCUCUAAGAAAGCCUACAAGAAGCAACUCCAACAUAGGAAAUUACCUCCCAAUACUGCCAAAGUAAAAGUCUAUGAGACAGUUACUAUCCCAGCGCAUACCAUCAAGCUCAUCAAAGUCAAGACAACAUGGAAGGAAGGUCAAGCCUCUGGUUUUAUGGACAGAUCUUUCAAUUCCCAUCAACAAGAAGAACAUCUGUUUGCAAUAACAGACUGCCUGAUAGAUAGGAACAAUCCCAAGAUUCAGGUUUCUAACCUAUCAGAACAUCCUUUAAGAUUGCAAGGAGGAGAAAUUCUUGGAUAUAUGCAUGAUCCCAACAAAUACCUUGCAAAGGAAAAGGACAUUACUAAGGAAGAAAAAGACAGCAUUAUUAAGUAUGCUACCUUAGUACAAGCCAUGGUGCAGAGGAAGGGUGAAGAAAAACCUACUGCACAAGAAGAGGAAUUAAUGAAGUCACCUGAAGGAGGACCCAAGACUGCUGAGGUACCAGACCCAGAACCUGUCCCUUCAGAUAGAUUCCUUCAAGAAGUUAAUUUCUCAGAACAUCUUACUCCUAAUCAAAGGGCUAAGCUAGAAAAAGUCUUGCGCAAGCAUGAGUUAGCCUUUGGAUUAGAUGGUAGACUUGGUACUCAUAACACUCAACUAGAAAUUAGACUAAGGCCAGGAACUAAAGAAAUAUCUCUAAACCCUUACCAUGCUUCUCCAGCUAAAAGAGAAGUCAUUGACAAGCAGAUUGAGGAAUGGCUUAAACUUGGAGUCAUUGAGCCAUCCAAGAGUGCUUGGGGAUUUCCUGUCAUAGUAGUCUAUUGCAACAGUAAACCCAGACUAUGUGUGGACUACAGACAUCUCAAUGAAGUAGCUGUACCAGAUGAGUAUCCCUUACCAAAACAAACUGACAUCUUGCAUGCCUUGGAAGGAUCUCAAUGGCUUACUACCUUAGAUGCGCUAGCUGGUUUCACUCAGCUAACCAUUAAGGAAGAAGACAGAGAGAAACUUGCUUUCAGAUGUCACAACAGCCAUUGGCAACCUACCAAGCUACUCUUUGGAUAUAGGAAUGGACCAGCAGACAUUGAGUUUCAAGACCAUUGCAAUCACUUAGAUCAAGUCUUAGGAGCUAUUGAAGAAGCUGAAAUCACCCUAUCUCCAAAGAAAUGCCACAUUGGAUACCAAUCACUACUAUUGCUAGGACAGAAGGUAUCAAGAUUAGGUCUAUCAACCCAUAAGGAAAAAACUUUCCUAGGGAUGAUGACUUAUUUCUCUAGCUAUAUUCCCUUCUACUCAUGGAUUGUAGCGCCUUUGUUUAAGCUUCUCAAGAAAGGAACAGCUUGGUCUUGGGAGGAAAAGGGACAACAGGCAUUUGAACUUGCUAAAGAAGCCCUUGCAUCUGCUCCAGUAAUGGCUUAUCCUAUUAUUGGAAAACCCUACAGAUUAUAUACAGAUGCAUGCGACUAUGGCCUUGGAGGAAUAUUACAGCAAGUCCAAUCCAUCAAGAUAAAAGACUUAAAAGGGACAAAGGCAUACAAAUACUUAAGGGGGGAAUAUGACAAAGGAAACCCAGUUCCCAGAAUGACAAUUCCUGCUUCCAAGCAGAGAGACAACGUGACUGGGGGGGAUACAUGGGAUAGGCAAGACUUUGAAGAAACAACUGUACAAGUGGAGCAAGUCAUUGCUUAUUGGUCAAGGAUUCUAAAAGAAGCAGAAAGAAACUACUCCCCAACAGAGCGCAAAGCAUUAGCCCUCAAGGAAGCACUUGUGAAAUUUCAGGUAUACUUGGAAGGAGCUGAAUUUGUUGCUAUCACAGAUCACGCCGCUCUCACUUGGAGCAAGACUUACAAUAAUGUCAACAGAAGACUUAUGACAUGGGGCUUAGUAUUCUCAGCCUAUCCAGGAAUGCAGAUUAUGCACCGCGCAGGAAGAGUGCAUGACAAUGCAGAUCCCAUCUCAAGACUUAGGAGGAGAACCCCAUAUCAUACCAGUCCUCUGGCAGAUCAAUUGACUCCACUCAAGCUCAAUAUGGAGGAAGACCCAUUAAGAAACCUCUAUAAGGAGAUAAAUGAACGUUUCAAAGAGAAACUCCUUAGAGUUGCAAGCACAUUCACCCAGAGUUACAAAAUUGGAAAUAGCCAGAAGCCCAUCAAGAAGUGGAUACCCACACUGGCAGAAGCUAUCUCUUAUCAAACAACUACAUCAUACUCUGUGGAAAUAUCAAUAAACUCAGAAGAAAUCACAAAGUUUAUAGAAGCAUACAACAAGGACUCCCAUUUUAAGCAAGUGAUGGAAGAGUUCCAAUUGCACCACAAUCCACUCAAUCCACCCUUCCAUCAAUACCAGAUGGCAGAUAAUGGAUUGAUCUACUUCAUAGAUUCCCAGGAAAAGUAUUGGCUAUGUGUACCUAAGGAUCUACAAGUAGACAUAUUGAAGGAAAAUCAUGAUAACCUCAAUCAAGGAGCACAUGCUGGUUAUGCCAAGACAUAUCAUUGA